AUGCUAAGACAACAUGAACAAAGAGCCAAUAUCACUCAAUCUACUGGCCUGGAGACAGUACCUUCGCAUGUUCAAAAGAAACCAAAAACCCGUCACACUCCUACUCUUCCCCAGCCCAGUGCUUUGACGCCUUCAGUCCUGGCUUCUGAUGUGCUGGACUUCUAUCCUGAUACUCAACUUGCCCUUCGGUUAUGGAACGUCUACGUCAAGUCGGUCGACCCAGUCCUCAAAAUUUUGCACAUACCCACCGUCCAGUCCACCGUGAUUUCCACCAUUCUGGACCCCCGAUCGGCACCAUCUUCAACCCUGGCAUUGACGUAUGCCAUAUACUUUGCUGCCGUCACAGCUCUUUGCCAUGAAAAUAGCGACGAUACUGCCGUAGACCCACAUCGGGAGAACAUGAAGCUCUUGAAACGCUUUAAGCUGGCCUUGGAUCGACUGCUUUUGGUCACCGAUGUCAUGAACCAACCCGACGUGACAGCAUUACAGGCCCUCGCAAUUUAUGUGACCUGUCUACGCGUCCACGAAGUUGGCCGGAGUGUAUGGGUCCUCAACGGGCUGGCGAUCCGCCUCGCUCAAUCGAUCGGCCUGCACCGAGACGGCACGAGCCUGCAACUGAGCCCAUUUGAGACGGAGAUGCGCCUCCGUCUCUGGUGGCAUCUCUGUGUCCUUGACUCGCGCGCCCCGGAGGACCAAGGGUUUCAACCCACGGUCGACAUCACCAACCGGGACCUCCGCCUUCCCUUGAACGUGAACGACAAUCAACUCUACCCGGACAUGGCGAGCUUCCCAGAGGAGUCGAACGGCUGGACGGAAAUGUCUUUCUUCCUGAUCCAGACCGAGGGGUGUCGGUUGCUCUAUCCGAUUCUUGAUGUCCAUGUCCAAGAGCAACAACAUUCCGCAGACGCUGCCUAUCUCGAUGUCACAGCCAAGCGCGAGCUGAUCCAGGAGCGUGGGCGAUACUUGUCGGCAAAAUACGGCAUUCUAUCGCGGUCUGGCGUGCUCGCCCCUGUCCUGUCGCGCAUCGCCGACCAACACACCACCACGGCGUGCAGGAAGAUGGAGUUCGUGCUGCAGCUACGCGAGGAGAUCAUUAGUAUGCGCAAGCAGAAAGGGGCGCCCAUGGGCGUGCCGCGGGAUGGUGACGAUGGCGAUGCGACGACUCCGACUCCGACUUCGGACGUGCUCAAGCCAUCGUUCCAGCUGGCCUGCGCGGCGUUAGAGAGCCACUAUGUGUUGCAGAAGGACAGCCUCACCUCUGGCUUCCGGUGGUUCUUCAACAUGUACACGCAGUGGUACGCCCUGGCCUACGUGCUCCGCUGUCUCUGUAGUGGCGGUAGCGGCGGUAGCAGCCCCGUCGUAGACCUCGAGACGGAACGGGCUUGGACAUUGGUCGAAGAGCUCUUCCCGCGAGGCAUGACACUGGACGGCCACUCGACGGCGGUCUCUUGUGACCAUGGGCCUGCGAACAGCAUUUGGCAGUGCCUCAAUCUGCUCCGAGCCCAGGUCAUGUCCUUGAGACAAUGUCCCCAGCAGCAGCAGCAGCAGCAGCAAUCCAUGGCCACUGGGAACGUCGAGAUUCAGCCGUCGUUCACCACAACCACCACCGCUAGCAGCAGCGGCAACCAUUAUCCUCAUCAUCAUUCUCAUCAUCAUGGUCCGUCCCAACUUCUUCGUUCUGACACCUCGAUUGUACAUGGCAUCUCAUCCACGCUCUCCGAACUGGGUCAAGAAGGGUUCAUCGUCGACCCCCAUCCAAGUAACACGAUUAUCCCUCCGUCAUCGCUGGAUCUGUCCAUGCCAGAUAAUAGUAUGCCGUUUCUGCCAGAUCCGGACUGGAGUGCCGUGAUCAAUGGCUGGCUGAACGACGACGCCCACUCGAGUGUGUUGUGA